AUUCACAAAUCUUGGGCUUUAUUCAAACAUCUUCCUUUGAGUUUAGUUUUGAGUUGCAGUAAUUGUACUUGCACAUUUAUAUUUCUCCCUGUUUGUUUCAUCAUAUCAAUGGCUUCUUCUUUCUCCCUGUCCAAGCCUCCUCCUCCUUUCUUUACUCAGGAUUGGAGAUGCUGCAGAGUUGGUCUUCAGAUCUCUGUAGCUCCCCCAUUGAAGUUGCAGAAGGCAUUUCCCACCACCAUUGUCUCCUCUUCUAACAAUGUUUCCUCCUUGGAAACUGCCCCAGGCACAGAACUUGAUGCUGUCUCAACUUUCAGUGAGAUUGUACCAGACACUGUCGUAUUUGAUGACUUUGAAAGGUUUCCACCAACAGCUGCAACAGUUAGCUCUUCGCUUCUUCUUGGCAUUUGCAGCCUCCCAGACACAAAAUUCAAGAGUGCCAUAGAAACUGCACUUGCUGACGGAGAAUGCUGCACCAAAGAGAAUCCUGAUGAUCGUUUAGCAUGCUUCUACAAUAAGGCUCUCGUAAAUGUAGGGGCAGACCUUGCAAAAGCAGUACCUGGUCGAGUUUCAACUGAAGUGGAUGCCCGUCUAGCUUAUGAUACCCAUGGCAUAAUUAGAAAGGUGCAUGAGCUUUUGAAGCUAUACAAUGAAGUAGAAGUUCCUCAGGAACGCUUACUGUUCAAAAUUCCUUCAACCUGGCAAGGCAUAGAGGCUUCAAGAUUGCUAGAAUCAGAAGGCAUAUUGACCCACUUGACUUUUGUUUACAGCUUUCCUCAAGCAGCAGCUGCAGCCCAAGCUGGUGCGUCAGUAAUCCAAAUCUUUGUUGGCCGUCUCAGAGACUGGGCACGCAAUCAUUCUGGUGAUGCUGAGGUUGAAGCUGCAUGCCUAAAAGGAGAAGAUCCUGGAAUUUCACUGGUAACCAAGGCAUACAAUUACAUUCAAAAGCAUGGCUAUAAAUCCAAGUUGAUGGCUGCUGCAGUUCGUAAUAAGCAGGACUUAUUCAGCCUACUGGGGGUUGAUUACCUCAUCAUACCAUUGAAGAUAUUGCUGUCUCUAAAGGAUUCUGUCACCUCACCUGAAGAGAAAUACUCGUACAUAAGGAGGCUAUCACCUAGUGCAGCUGCGACCUUUAGUUUCAAUGAAGAGGAGCUUGUGAAAUGGGACCAGUUGAGCUUUGCAUCAGCGAUGGGGCCCGCAGCUGAAGAGCUUCUGGGUGUUGGACUUGAAGGAUAUGUCAAUCAAACUCGUCGGGUGGAGGAAUUAUUUGAUUGCAGUGAACUUUUACGGGGAUGCGAAUUGCUAUAGCGGAGACGAGAUGGGGUUGAGAGAAUCCAAAAGUGGGUAGAAAGUCUUAGGUUCCUUAAUGCUUCAUAUCCAUUCCAUUACAUUAAGGUUUUUUUUUACCUCUGCUCCUCCCAGUCGUCCCACUUACUGUGAGGAGUAUUCCGGAUAUGUUUAUCCGGAUAAUCCAACCUUCAUGGCGAGGAAUGGAAAGAAAAGCCUGCACCAAAAUUUUAGGCACAAAUGCCAGUCAACUUCCUCGAGUCCAGCAGCACUCCCCAAUUCUUAUUGGAGCAUAUUUAUAUGAAUCUUCAUCAACAACAUUUUCAUCA